AACUUUUUUUCCUGGCUCUUAUCUCUCUGUCUCUCGUACGGACUGGGAGACACAAGACACAUUUUAGAGUCGCUGAAUCAUCAUCGGAGUUUGAAAGUGAAGCGGCGAAAACAAGGAUGAAUCUGGUCGCUGUUAAUCGCGUUUCUUUGGAAUGCGUUUCGCGUUUCUUUGGAAUGCGUUUCGCGUUUCUCUUUGAUCCAUCGAGAAUAUUCAUCAAGCGAAGGAUUCUCCGGUCGUCGGGUUUCGAAUUGGCGCGGAAGGAAUCGGCGGUUGCAUGUGGUGGCGGCGGGUUUGAUCACCAGCGCUGACUCGUUCGAGGUAGGGAAGCUUAUCGGAAGCUACGGAUUCAUGAAUGUUACUAGUUAUUCAGGAUUGCAGUCAGGGGCUGACUUUGAAUAUACAUCUUCUGAUGAUAUUGGGAGAUUAAAAUCUCAAGAUAUUGGUGAAGGCGGCGUUAAGAUCAGACUAUAUGAAGGAAGAAUAUCUCAGGGUCCGUUUCGAGGAACACCUGUUGUCUUUAAGGUCUAUCCCGGGAAGCGCGCUGGUGGAAUUGAGGCUGAUAUGAUGGCAGCAAACGAGCUUAAUGCACACUCUUUUCUCCAGAGCAAAAGCCUGCCUGCUAAUCUGCUUUUACUUGUUGGUGGCUUUGAGACACAAUUUGGAGAACAGUGGCUGGCAUUUCGUGAUGGUGGGAAAAAUAGUGCAGCUGACUACGCACGAAAUGCGAGUGAAAAAACAUCCAGAGCUCGCUCCCAAGGAGUAUGGAAUCCUUAUGAAAAAGAGCAGAUGAUGAAACGAAGGAGAAUCUUUGUCAUUAACAUCCUACAGGGUGCAAUGAAAGGUCUAGCCUUUAUGCAUGCUAAUGAUAGGUUACAUCAAAGUCUCGGGCCAUCCUCUAUUGUUCUCAAUACACCAGCAGAACGAGAAGCUAUCUAUUUAAUACCGCGGCUGCGAGAUCUAGCCUUUUCUGUUGACAUAAGACUGAGCAUACCUUUCAGGCCUUCAUGCUUGGAAGAAGGAGCCACUUCUGGUGCACUGUCAGAGCAACUUUGGCGAAGGGCAACUGCUUCUGGUGCCUUCACAGUUUUUGAGAAGAGAGCUUUUGGAAUUGCAGAUGACAUAUAUGAGGCCGGUCUUCUUUUUGCAUACUUAGCCUUUGUUCCAUUCUGUGAAGCAGGCGUAAUGGAUUCUCUUUCUCUUCAGAGGUUACUAGAAAACACUUUCCGGCUGGAUAUGGAGGCUGUAAGAGAGUACUGUUUAGCCGACGAACGCCUUGAAGAAGCUGUUAAGUUUCUUGAUCUUGGUGAUAGAGCUGGUUGGGAAUUACUACAGGCAAUGUUGAACGCUGACCAUCGGAAGCGGCCAAUGGCGGAAGCUGUUCUUAAUCACCGAUUUUUGAAUGGCGUUUAGUUGAGAAGAGAUGAAGAUUAUGUAUUUACAUAAUUAUGUUACAAGAUGUAGACUACUACUAUUAAUCCUGAUCCAUGUUGUCGAUAUAUUGUAAUCAAAAUCUUAUGUUACAAACUCUAUAGGAUUAUUUCUAUUUCCAAAAUCCCUUAAGCAUU